GUGCUCUCUGAUUCAGAAGGCAACGGGCUUAUCAGUGAGGAAUGGCGUCUUGGCGAUAUCAGUCAGGAACGUCUUAGUACGGAAUAAGCGCUUGCAGGGAGAACACUCAGGCGACAAGAUCGUAUGUAAGCGAUGGAUCCUCAACUCCAGGAAUGGGUCGAGAGAACUGCUGUGCCUUUAGAAAAGAAAGGCAGCUUCACUGUGUACCAACUUCAGCCGGAAAUGAAGCACGAAGAUAAGAAGAACAAGGUGCGUGUGUUCGCCGUUGGGCCUGAGAAGGACCGAGAAGUGAAGACGGUGCUCUUGCUGGGGGAGACUGGAGUGGCAAAUCGUUAUUCUGCAACGCUUUCCUCAACAGGGUCUUCGGUGUUGCAAGAGAAGACAGAAUUAGACUUAAUUUGAAGGACCAGAUGGAGCAAGCCAGCAAGAGUGAAAUAUACAGUCAGACGGAAUAUAUAUCAGUUUAUUUGAUCUAUCACCAAAAUGGGAUGCCAUAUGAGUACAAUUAUAUGGUCAUUGAUACGCCGGGAUUCGGUGACACAAGAGGUCAGGACAUUGAUAAAGUUAUUGACAGUUGUCUCCGGUUUUAUUUGUCAGAUGAAACUUGGAUUAAACAUCUUAACAGUGUUGGCAUAGUCUGGAAAGCUUCAGACCUUAGGUAUACUGAAAAAAACAGGAAAAUCCUUAGGAUGAUGCGAGACCUUCUGUGCUUUGACACUGAGGCCAUAACAGACAUUCUCAUGACAUUCGCAGUCAAUGAGAAUACAAAUGCCCUGAAGGUUAUUGAGAAGGCUGGAAUAGGCUAUCAAGAGGUAUUCUUCUUUAAUAAUGAGCCUAUAUAUUUAACUUGCCCACAAGAUGAUCAGAAGGAGAGAAGGUACAGAGAUCAGUGGGAAGACAUGGUAAACAGUCAAAGGAAAUUCCUUGAUUCUCUGAAUAAGAGAAAGGCUGUCGACCUCAAUAUUUCGGCAAGACUUUUGCUGAACCGGUUGAAGUAUGGCUCAAAGCAGGAAAGUCGCAAACUUGGCUUGCGGGGUAAGCAGUUGUCAGGAGUUGAUUGGAGUAGUGUAAGGGAGCUGGAUGUUAGCGGAAAUAACAUACUUUUGGAUGAUGGCAAGCACAGCCACUUCUGCAUCAAGUGUCAACGUGUUUGUGAGUCUGAGUGUAGAAGUGACCAUAGAUCUCAUUCCUGGCAACGAAAUACCGGAUAUAGUAGGUACUUCAUGCAUGUUGCAACUACUAUAAUGUCUACAUUCAUGGCGUAUAUGCCUACUGUAGACGAACUUGGGGAAAUGGCAUUAAUUGUUCCAUAUGUAUCCGGGCUACUUGUAGGUGUAGGUGUUGUGGUAGGAGCAAUUUCCUAUCUCAAGAGUAAAAAGACGUCUCAAUUUCACGCUACUGAGGGGAACAACCACUGUCCGCAAUGCAACCACCUUGGCAAUGAUCACGAAAUUAUAGAAAAAUAUGUAAGCAAAGAUGCCAAUUUCGACCUCAUAAUGGAAAUUUCCAAGAUGGAUCAAUAUCUGAGUGUAGUAGGAAAGAAAGCUGACAUUGAAGCCGAAAUUAGCGCUAUCAGAGCAAAACGGAAGGAGCUAGAAAUGCAAAUUUAAGUUAAUUUGCCAUAUCAGGUAAUAUAGCUUUCAUAGGACGCUGUUUCCUAAAUUAUCAUGAACUUGAUGUGAAGCGUGAGAUACGGCGUGAUUUGAAUGCCAUAAAACUAAGAAUCAAGAAACUGGUUGACGAUAUGCAACUAAUUGGAAAGGUGAUUCGAACAGAAGCAUUUCAAUAGGACAAGUGUGGUGAUUUAUGUUUGUAAUAUGCAGUGUGUACUUCUUUGUUUUAUUAUUCUCUUUUCUUGAUGUGGAUAUUAUUUUUGGGGUCUUGCGAUUGAUGUAUCACUGAAAAUUGUCUUUAUGGUGAUACUGCCUAGAGCCAUAAUAAGGGUUUUGGGAAAAAGGUCAAUACCUAUAAAAAAUGAAUUCAUAGCAUUAGUGGUACAAAAAAAAAAAAAAAAUCUGAAUAUAUUGAAGGAUGAAAUCAAGGUAUUUACAAGCUGAAAAUUUCUUUAUCUUUCACAUUUUCUGUUUAGAUGAGAAAGAAAGAUACCGAUGAAUUGCAUCGAAUACGGAAUAUCUGGUUUGUUAAUUUAUAUAUAAUAUGAAGUGUUUAAAGAGUUGCAUUCUGAUUAUAAAGUCUAUUUUGAUCAAUAAAUUUCAUAGGAUUUGUUCAUACAUAUAUGUUUGAAGAGUUGUAUUCUGGUAAUAGACUAUUUUGAUCAAUACAAAUAGAGUUUGUAGGAUGAAUGAUUUCAUCUGUGUUUGAAGAGUUGGAUACUGUCCAAAAGGAUGUUGAAAUUAUCAAUUAUUGUAAGUCUGUUAUCAUCACUGAUAAGUCUGUUAUCACUGAUAAAUCUGUUAUCAUCACUGAUAAGUCUGUUAUCACUGAUAAAUCUGUUAUCAUCACUGAUAAAUCUGUUAUCAGCACUGAUAAGUCUGUUAUCAUCACUGAUAAAUCUGUUAUCAGCACUGAUAAGUCUGUUAUCAUCACUGAUAAAUCUGUUAUCAGCACUGAUAAGUCUGUUAUCAUCACUGAUAAGUGUUAUCAUCACUGACAAGUCUGUUAUCACUGAUAAAUCUGUUAUCAUCACUGAUAAGUCUGUUAUCACUGAUAAAUCUGUUAUCAUCACUGAUAAAUCUGUUAUCACUGAUAAAUCUGUUAUCAUCACUGACAAGUCUGUUAUCAUCACUGAUAAGUCUGUUAUCAUUACUGAUUAUAACAAGUGUGUUCUGAUUUCCAAUUCUGCACGAACACUUACCCUAAUGUACUUUCUUGUCACAUACGUCGUAUUAAAUGUGGAUGAAAUACGAUUUUUUUUUUUUUUUUUGCUAAUUUGUGAAUAAAUCAGAUAAUUGCUA